AAUUGACCCAGGGUGCAGACAGUGCAAAAGGAUAAGAAUAAAUAAGGAUGUCAAAGAGAAUAGAAGAGGUUAUACAAAAAUAAAAAUAAAUAAGAGCAAUCCAGUAGUGCAAAUAAGAAAAUGCAAACAAUUCAAAUGGUGCAAAUAUGCAACAAGUAAAAUAGCAGCUUGCAUACCAGACAAGAACAGUAAAUGGUAAAUGAGUAUAUGAGGUACUUAAAGUGGCUGGUGCAUUUAUAAAGAUAUAUCAGUAUAAUGCAAAAUACAGUACAGGCUAUAUAUACAGUAUAUUUUAAUGUUUGUGUAUUUUACUGUAUGUUCAGUGAGUGGUGGAGGUUGUCAUGUGCUGACAUUGCAAUAACAUCAAUAAAUAUUUAUGCAAAAACAAGCCUGGAUUGUUAUAAGCCAACUCCCACCCAGUGUACUAUUGUUAUGUCUUCAAGCUGUGAACAGCGUCUACUGCAGAGGGGGGGAGGCGCCCACACCAACAAACAAUUUGUGGGCUCAUUUUAAAAUCUUAUGGUGUCUUAAACAUUAUUAGCCCCAUCGAUUAAAACCCAGCGCUUUGUCAUUUUAAUACCCUCGUAAAAAUACAUUUUUAAUGACUUAUAUUGCCUUUCUGCGGUGAAAUAAGAGUUAUUAUGUUCCGGCGCUCCCCUCCCGCUGCGGGCGAACGUGGUACAGUCCAUAAUGUGAAGCGGCACUGUGCCCCUCACGUCAGUUUAUGGUAAGUCCGUGUCCACUCCUGCUAUACCGACGGCGUCUAUCGGCUCUAUAAUCCGCCGUGUGAACCGGGAUGCUGGGGGAUCCAUGAAGCCGUGGACUCCCGGGCACGGUUCUGUCACCACCAGGAAAUGAAUGUUGUUUAUACCUCGUCUGUGUCUCUCAUUAGCAGUAAACACGCAGCAGCACAGCCCGCGUGAGAGAAAGGUCCCUCUGAAUUUUAGCCGUUAUUUUUUUGAAAUUCUUUGACGGUUGAGAAGCAGCAGCAGCCACAGGGAGCAGAACCAACAAGCCGCGGCCGCUUGACAGGUGCCGUCGCCCGGCUCUGCGUGGAGAGAUGCCGCCCGUCCAGAGAACGAUGUCCGAUCUUCGUACCCGGGCGGAGGGAUAUGAAAAGACAGAGGACACAUCAGAAAAGACGUCCUUAGCUGACCAAGAAGAUGCCCGAAUGAUAUACCUCAACCAGCCGCAGUUCACCAAGUUUUGCAGCAAUCGAGUCAGCACAGCCAAAUAUAAUGUCCUCACCUUCCUCCCACGCUUCCUCUACUCACAGUUCAGGAGGGCAGCCAACGCCUUCUUUCUCUUCAUUGCACUGUUGCAGCAAAUCCCAGAUGUGUCUCCCACUGGUCGCUGGACCACACUGGUGCCGCUGCUCUUCAUCCUGGUUGUGGCUGCUGUCAAGGAGUUUAUUGAGGAUCUGAAACGUCACAAUGCUGACAGUGUUGUCAACAAAAAGGAAUGUCAAGUACUGAGAAAUGGUGCCUGGGAGAUCGUGCACUGGGAGAAGGUGGCUGUUGGGGAAGUAGUCAGAGCUGCAAAUGGGGAUCACCUCCCGGCUGACCUCGUCAUACUGUCGUCCAGUGAACCACAGGGUAUGUGCUACAUUGAAACAUCUAACUUGGAUGGAGAGACGAACCUUAAAAUCAGACAGGGUCUCCAAGUGACUUCAGACAUAAAGGACAUCGACAGCCUGAUGCGUCUCUCCGGGCGCAUGGAGUGCGAGAGCCCAAACCGCCAUCUGUACGAGUUUGUCGGGAACAUCCGCCUGGAUGGACACAGUACGGUACCACUGGGUCCAGACCAGAUCUUACUGAGAGGAGCCCAGCUGAGGAACACUCAGUGGGUGCAUGGUGUGGUGGUCUACACUGGACAUGACACAAAACUCAUGCAGAAUUCCACCCGGCCUCCUCUGAAGCUGUCCAACGUGGAGCGCAUCACCAACUUUCAGAUCCUCGUGCUGUUUGGCUGCCUGCUGGCCAUCUCUCUGGUCUGCUCCAUCGGCCAAACCAUCUGGAAGUACCAGUACGGCAAUGCUGCCUGGUACAUGGAUCUCAACUAUGGCGGGGCAGCUAACUUUGGCCUCAACUUCCUCACCUUCAUCAUCCUGUUCAACAACCUGAUCCCCAUCAGUCUCCUGGUCACACUGGAGGUUAUCAAGUUCAUCCAGGCCUUUUUCAUCAACUGGGACACUGAUAUGCUCUAUGAGCCAACAAACACACCUGCCAUGGCUCGCACGUCCAAUCUGAAUGAAGAACUCGGCCAGGUGAAAUACAUUUUCUCCGACAAGACAGGGACACUGACCUGCAACGUGAUGCAGUUCAAGAAGUGCACCAUUGCUGGUGUGGCCUAUGGUCACGUCCCCGAGGCUGAGGAUGGUAGUUUUGCGGAGGAUGACUGCCACAGCACACAAUCAUUGGACGAGGAGGGAUUUAAUGACCCGAGCUUACUGGAAAACCUCCAAAGUAAUCACCCUACAGCUGCUGUCAUCCUGGAGUUCAUGACCAUGAUGGCCAUCUGUCACACUGCAGUCCCCGAGCGCACAGAUGGAAAGAUCACCUACCAGGCUGCAUCUCCAGAUGAAGGAGCUCUGGUGAGAGCAGCACGAAACCUCGGCUUUGUGUUUUCUGGUCGAACCCCGGACAGCGUCAUUGUGGAAAUGCCUGGAACAGAGGAGAAGUACGAACUGCUUCAUGUGCUGGAGUUUACAAGCGCGAGGAAAAGGAUGUCAGUCAUCAUGCGCACCCCAUCUGGGAAGAUCCGCCUCUACUGCAAAGGAGCUGACACUGUGAUCUACGAUCGCCUGGCAGACAGCUCUAGGUACAAAGAGAUCACAUUGAAGCACCUGGAACAGUUUGCCACUGAGGGGCUACGGACUUUGUGCUUUGCUGUGGCAGAUGUCAGUGAGUCGUCCUAUCAGCAGUGGCUGGAGAUCCAUCACAGAGCCUGCACCUCCCUGCAGAACAGAGCCCUGAAACUGGAGGAGAGCUACGAGCUGAUAGAGAAGAACCUGCAGCUGCUCGGGGCCACAGCGAUAGAGGACAAGCUCCAGGAUAAGGUGCCCGAGACCAUUGAGACUCUGAUGAAGGCGGACAUCAAGAUCUGGAUCCUGACAGGGGACAAACAGGAAACAGCCAUUAACAUUGGACAUUCCUGCAAACUACUGACCAAGAACAUGGGCAUGCUCGUGAUCAAUGAAGACACUCUUGAUAGAACAAGGGAAACACUCAGCCACCACUGUGGAAUGCUGGGAGAUGCCCUCUACAAGGAGAACGACUUUGCUCUCAUUAUUGAUGGAAAGACUCUCAAGUACGCCCUCACAUUCGGAGUGCGACAGUACUUCCUGGACCUCGCCCUGUCCUGUAAAGCUGUCAUAUGCUGCAGAGUAUCUCCUCUUCAGAAGUCAGAGGUGGUGGAGAUGGUGAAGAAACAGGUGAAGGUGAUCACGCUGGCCAUCGGUGAUGGUGCUAACGACGUGGGAAUGAUCCAGACAGCUCAUGUCGGUGUGGGAAUCUCAGGCAACGAGGGUCUGCAAGCAGCAAACUCCUCCGACUACUCUAUUGCCCAGUUCAAAUACUUGAAGAAUCUGCUGCUCGUCCACGGAGCCUGGAAUUACAACCGUGUAGCCAAGUGUAUCCUGUACUGCUUCUACAAGAAUAUUGUCCUCUACAUCAUCGAGAUCUGGUUUGCAUUCGUCAAUGGCUUCUCAGGCCAGAUCCUGUUUGAACGCUGGUGCAUCGGCUUGUACAACGUGAUCUUCACUGCUCUGCCUCCUCUCACACUGGGAAUAUUUGAGCGCUCCUGCAGGAAAGAGAACAUGCUGAAAUACCCAGAGCUCUACAAAACCUCCCAGAAUGCAAUGGGCUUUAACACCAAGGUCUUCUGGGCCCAUUGUCUGAACGGCCUCUUCCACUCCGUCAUCCUCUUCUGGUUCCCCCUUAAAGCCUUCCAGCAUGAUACAGUUUUUGGCAACGGAAGAACUCCAGACUAUCUCCUCUUAGGCAACAUGGUUUACACGUUUGUGGUCAUCACAGUUUGUCUUAAAGCCGGCCUCGAGACCUCAUCCUGGACCAUGUUCAGUCACAUCGCCAUCUGGGGAAGCAUCGGCCUGUGGGUGGUGUUCUUCAUUAUCUACUCCUCCUUGUGGCCCCUCAUCCCUCUGGCUCCCGACAUGUCAGGCGAGGCUGAGAUGAUGUUCUGUUCGGGCGUCUUCUGGAUGGGCCUGUUCUUCAUCCCAGUCACCUCGCUGGUCUUUGACGUGGCCUACAAAGUGGUGAAGAGGGUGUUUUUCAAGACCCUAGUGGAUGAGGUGCAGGAGCUUGAGGCUUUAUCCAAAGACCCUGGAGCAGUGGUGCAUGGAAAGAGUUUGACGGAGAGGGCCCAGCUCCUGAAGAACGUCUUCAAGAAGAGCACAGUCAGUUUGUACCGGUCCGACUCCAUGCAGCAGAACCUGCUCCAUGGCUACGCCUUCUCUCAAGACGAGAACGGAGUGGUGUCUCAGUCUGAGGUCAUCAGAGCGUACGACACCACCAAACAGAGGACCAACGAGUGGUGAGCUGCCGGCCCUCUGGUCGGCCAAUCCGGAGCCACAGCAGCCGUUUCUAAUGGCGAUAUUUGAAGCUUAGCGGGUGAAGACGAGGCGCGAGCGUGUGCCUCCAGCACUGAGGGGAUUUUUUGGACAUGAAUAUGAAACGGACAGAGGAGAGUGUCUUUUGAAAAAGGGAAAAGGAAAAAAAAAAAAACAAGGAACAAAAUAAGUUGUGUUCACUAUCAGCUGUAGUUGUGUGUCCAGCAGACAUGAUGAGCACUGUGCUUUCUUAGCAGUCUGUGGUCUGAAGUUCUUCACUGUUCUCGCUCAGUUUGUCGGAGUGAACGUCUCCUCUUUAUUGACAGCUCAUUAAAUUAAAGUCAAAACUCCUAAACACUGUUAUUAUAGAAGUUAAAACACUGGACGAUGAUUAGUUUUAGAGUAUGUGAACUUGUGAAAGAUUGCCAAAGAGCAGUCGUAUAUACAAUCUUCCAAGUACUAGUGAAUUCGGAAAUGUUUAAACCAAAUGUAACCACACUCCUGAGUGUAUUCCAGCACUAAACGGACCACUUCAGAGCAGACAUUGUAAUAUUUAAAUUUUCGUUUUGCACUUAAGGAAGCAUCUAUUGUGUAAAGCCUUACAUUUGCUCAUGCCUUCAUCCUUGUUUCUUCUAAAACACAUUCGUUUCUCUUUAGUUUCAUUUCUAAAAGUAUGUAGAUAUCGUGCCUGAUUUUAUUAAUUUUGUUCCUUCUUGUUUCUUUUUAAGAAGUUGCGUCCUGCAACUCACUGUAGUCCAGUUUCCACCGUUUUUACAGCAGACGCAUUGCUCUCGACUAGUAAUUGCAUUCCACACAUCACUCCUGUCUCAACAAUCACAACGGUGCCUACGUAGACCUUUUCCCUCAUAGAAGAAACAGAUAGCCAAGAAUAGUUUAGCCAGCUAGCUUAGACCAGUGCUCCACACACACACACACACACACACACACACACACACACACACACACACACACAUAUACACACACACACACCUACUGAAGACAAAAUCACUGUCUCCCCACCACAGUAUUGCACUCGUACAAUGUGAAAACUACAGAGUGCCUUGUGGCACAUGAAUAAACGACGAUUUGUUCCUGCAGAGGUGAACAGGAGGCUCUGUGUUGGUCUUGUUGGAGCGUACGGUGGCGACAGUGUUUCCCUUAAAAUGGAGAUUUUAUCCUUCUAACAUAAGUGCCAUUAGCUUAAGGGAGAGAGAAAUAUUAGCCAGGAAAUCUUCACAACAAUAUCAAAACUACUUUGUCUCUAUAGUUAUUUUGUGGAUUUGUAUUUUUAUAUUGGAGAUGUAUGAAUUUUGCAUUGACUGGCUUUGUAAUGAACUGUCUGUAACUUUUAGUUUUCUUUUUCUUCCUCUGAUAAACUGGCAGGAUAGAAUAGAUCGAAUGAGGAAACUGAGCUUUCUUAAAUGUCUUGUUAUUAUUAUUAUUAAUAUUAAUAUUGUUACAGCUUGAUUUAUUUAUAAUUGACUACUUAAUGUCUGUGUGAUUGCUUUCUUCUCCCUAUGGGAGAUCAGAUCUCUGACUGUGUGAGUGUGUGUGUCAGUUUAUGGCCUGCAUGUGCAUGUGCUGUACGUGUGUGAGUGUGUGUGUGUAUGUAUGUAUGUAUGUAUGUAUGUGUGUGUGUCACCUCUACUGUGGAUAACUUCUAUGUAUGCAUUGCAUGUCUGUGUCCUCUAUGUGAGACCGGGAGUUUCUGGCGUCUCCUGGUGUGUUUCUUUUAUCGUGUGAGUACGACUGUGUGUGUGCGGCUUGCUCCAGUUGUCCGUCUGCACGACUCCAGGUAUAGCUAUGGUGUACUACUGUGUGCUGAUGCAUGGCCCGUAUGGGGAACGUGUGAGUGUUAGUGUGCGGUAUGACUGUGUGUGUGGUCAAACUCUCGACCUCGACUGUGGGAGUUUCUGAUGCUCAGCUCGCUUCGACAGGAGAUGUUGCACAAUGCACUCGAUGUACCUUUCCAGUAGUGGAUAUCUGGUAUUAUCUGGUUUCAGUAUAUGAUUUCUCUUGAGUGUACAUGUUUGUAACUUGUUUUCUUCAUGCAGUGUACCUCUGCUUUACAGGAAAGCUCUUUAGUGAGGGUUAAUGACUAUUUUUUUCUCCGCUGGUCUUUGUUGUUAAAACUUGAUUGGUCGUCAUCUUGUCAAAAAGUUUCCAAAACCGCUGAAUGUGGAUGUCGUCGUUGUGGAAGGCUUGGACUGUUGCUUUCUUUUUCCAGAAAACAUAAAACACACGUUGCUGUCUGUGAAAGUCGUGGGCUGCAUGAAUGGAUAACACAAACUGUUCUCUGAAAUGUUUAACUGUACUACUUUGAUUCUCCCUCGAGUGUUGAUCACUUUACAAAAGAGAAAAAAACGCACCUUUAACUUUACUUUUCGAUAUUUGUUUCUUUUUCCGUCAUUUUGUUCGAUGAUUGUUCUGCAUGUUGGGACUGCAAAACUUAUAAGUGUUGUCUUUUACUGCCAUGAAGGACUACUGAAAUAAACUUUACAAUCAUGGAGGAA